AACAGGAACUGCUCAGCUACAUCUGUCAAUAGAGGAAACACAGCUAUUGAGAUAGCUACAUUGUCCUGCAGUUUUAUUGGGAUUUUCGGUGAUAGUUCAUUAUGUUCAUUGGUCACUGUCACGGCUGGGAGAAUGCACGGCUAGUGUGGAUUAUUGUGGAUAUUUCCUUUCCUCGACGGAUGCAUAAAGGUAAGCACUCGUUUCCCAUUAUGGAGAAGAAAAAAUAACCCAGAAAAGGAGAACAGAGGGGAACGCCUGCUCGCCACUUCACAUCAACCCAAGGAUUUAACUCUCUUACAGAAGAGCUGAAAGGCAGAGACAAAGGAGGAGAGUGUUGUUGGUGGAGCAGAGGGAGGAAUAAACAAGCAUCCUGGAAAGGUCAAACAGAAGGAAAGAAUUAUCCAAAGAUAUAAUCCUGACUUUAAAAACAACAUGGCGUUCUUGGACAAUCCAGCCAUUAUUUUGGCCCACAUCCGGCAGUCACAUGUGACCAGUGAUGACACAGGCAUGUGUGAAAUGGUACUAAUUGACCAAGAUGUGGAUCUGGAAAAGUGCCAACUGGCUUUGGUGCCUGGCAGCAGCUGUGGGUCAGUGGGGUCAAGCUCCCUGAGUGAGGGGGGCAGCAGCAUGGGUGACAGUCAUGGCUGCGACCUCUCUCAGUCAAUGGACAUCACCUCAAGCUGGGACUUUGGCAUCCGCCGGCGCUCCAACACAGGACUCCAACAAGACAGGCGCGAGAAACCUGGUGUUGCUGCACAAAGGCUUGAAAGGCUUAGGAAAGAACGUCAGAACCAAAUCAAAUGCAAAAACAUUCAGUGGAAGGAGAGAUCAUCCUCACAAUCAGUGGAGGACCUGCGGACUCUGUUUGAAAAGCGGGACUUCAAAGAUAGGCCACGGACCACAGGUACCAAAUCUACACUUUCCCUCCGGCUUGAGCAGUGUCCGCAGCAGCUCAACAACCCCUUCAAUGAAUACUCCAAAUUUGAUGGCAAGGGCCACAUAGGUACAACUGCCACGAAAAAGAUAGAUGUCUACCUCUCAAUGCAAAUGGCCCAGGAGAAAUUACAUCCAAUGAUGGUGGUGACCAUUGCCAACGCCCGUGUCCAUGAUCUUAUUGGGCUCAUCUGUUGGCAGUACACUAGUGAAGGACGAGAACCCAAACUCAAUGAGAACGUGAAUGCCUACUGUCUCCAUAUUGCGGAAGAUGAUGGUGAGGUGGACACUGACUUCCCACCGCUGGACUCCAAUGAGCCAAUCCACAAGUUUGGCUUCAGCACACUCGCCCUGGUGGAGAAAUACUCCUCACCCGGUCUUGCCUCCAAACAGUCCCUGUUUGUCAGGAUAAAUGCUGCUCAUGGCUUCUCUCUAAUCCCAGUGGACAGCUUGAAGGUAACCAUGAAGGAAAUUAUGCAGAAAGCACUCAAAAAGAGGAAAGGUUCUCAAAAAGGCUCAGGUCCCAUGUAUCGUCUAGAGAGGCAGACGGAGCCAAACGUGGCAGUAGACCUGGAUUGUACAUUGGAAAGCCAGAGCACCCUGGAGUUUUGCCUCGUCAGGGAAAACACCGAGUACUUUCGAGGCUCCAGGGGUGAGGAGAGCUCAGAAGAGGACCCUCCUAUUGACAUAACCACAGUCCAGGAUAUGCUAAGCAGCCACCACUAUAAGUCAUUCAAAAUCAGCAUGAUUCACAAGCUGCGUUUCACCACAGAUGUCCAGCUAGGCAUUUCAGGAGAGAAAGUGGAAAUUGAUCCGGUCGCCAAUCAGAAGACGAGUACUAAGUUCUGGAUUCGUCAGAAACCUAUCUCCAUUGAUUCAGACCACCUCUGUGCCUGCGAUCUUGUAGAGGAGAGGAGCCCGAGUCAUGCAAUAUUUAAGCUCACUUAUCUUAGCAACCAUGACUACAAGCCUCUCUACUUUGAAUCAGAUGCUGCUACUGUCAAUGAAAUUGUGCUUAAGGUAAACUAUAUCCUGGAGUCGCGGGCAAGCACCUCGCGCGCCGACUACUUUGCCCAGAAACAACGGAAACUGAGCCGCCGGACCAGCUUCAGUUUCCAGAAGGACAAGAAGACUGGCCAAUAGAGAGACUGAGCCCUUCAGGUGUCUUUCUUCAUCGAUGGACACACACACACACACACACACACACACAGAUGGGGCCUGAUAUCUCGCACUGAGAUACUGGGCAGAGCAGGGGGAUCAAGCCAAACCAAAACAGAAUGAGAAAUCAAGACUGACACAGGAGAGUCAAGUCAGAAAUGUGGUGAUAACGAAGAGACAGAGGGACUGGUGAAAAACAGAAGAUGAAGGUGCCGCUUCAUGUGGUCGCAGCCUCUGAAACUCUUUACACACAAAAACCUGACUCCAUGUUUUCUCCGGUUUGUAUUUGCUUCAGAAUGUGCACACAGGUUCAAAAACAGACGUAAUAUUCUUGUUUCUAAAAGUCACACUGAGGGUUUUGGCUGUCAAGUCUGUCAGUUCACAUAAAGACCUUUUUUUUUUU